GGAUUUUUAUGUAUUGCUCAAUGCAGAAUUUAAUUCAUUGGAACUGCAUGCCUGCAUUAAAAGUAAAUGAGAAUAAGUUUAAAAAACCUAGUAUGUAUCAAUGACAGGCUGAGAUUGUUGGAUGAAUCUGACAUAAGGAUUCCAGGAAUCUGAAAAAAUUAAUACAAUUACUUAAGAUCGUGGUUGAAAAAAAUGAAUAGUAUAUGAGUGAGUACACUCACCUAUUUUCUUCACUUCCCCAUUCACUAGUGUAAUCAAUUUUUCAUUGACGUUACAUUUUAGAUUCAAAAAAUUUAAGUAGAUACAUAGUUAGGGUCAACAACAUAACUUCAAACCAGAUUCUUGAGUCUAUCGGCCUUACCACGACCUGAAAGAUUCUUGUGAAAGUAACAUAGUUAGAAGGAAGUGUGUUGGGGAGGGACAAAACCGUUCAUUCCUUUUCUUCUGUCGUUGAAUCAGCCAGUCGCGUGGUAACGUUCUUCUCCUUCUACUUGGCUUUCACCUACGUGAGCUGGUGAUUGUCAAUUCAAUAUUGUAUUUUAUAUCAACAGUAAAUAAAUUUUAUUAAAAAAUUAUUUGUGUUAUAAAUAAUUAUGGUCAAGUAUUAGUUACCUAUUAACUCAAUUAUUAUUUUUUUUUAACAAUAUCAUGUUUUAAUGAUACUAGUAAAAUAUAGUUAUAAUUAUGGGCGAAAAUAAUGAAAAGUGAUUAGAAAAAUGUAAAAUUAUUAAGUGAAAAAAUGAAGAUUUUUUUUUAUGAAAAAGUACGAAGCUGAAGAAGUUUUUAAAAUAAAUUUCACCGAAGCAGCAAAAGACUAACGAUGUCUAAAAUGGCGAAGAACCAUCAACAGAACCCUAUGAUGGGUGUGAAUGAUCCUGAUGAUUUCUCCGAUGAUGAUACAACGCCUUUGGCACAUGAGUAUGGAGAGAGUCAGCGGACAAUCGUUGAAACGAAAGCAUGGGAUGUAUUUAGAGAUCCUCCACCGAAAAUUGACUCAGGUUCAAUGGCAAAUCAAAAGUGUCUUGAUGCGACAGUUCAAAUAAUAAAAGUGAUCGUUUAUCUUCUAGUUUUUAUAAUAGUUCUGGUUAGUGGAGUUGUUUCUAAAGGAACUAUUCUUUUUAUGACUUCUCAACUCAAACCAGAUCGUGUGAUAGUUUAUUGUAACAAAGAAUUAGGACGUGAUAAGCAAUUUGUUGUCACAUUACCAGAUGAAGAAAGGAUAGCAUGGACUUGGUGUAUAAUUUUUGCCUACGCUGUUCCUGAAUUCGGAACUUUUUUCCGAAGUUGUCGAAUGUGCAUAUUCAAGUCAUGGAAAAAACCAUUAUCUUCUCAUUUUCUGUUAGUGUUCUUUAUGGAAACAUUUCGUGUUGUGGGGCUUGCACUAAUGUUCUUUGCGGUUUUACCAGAGAUAGAUGCAAUAAAAGCUGCAAUGAUUACUAAUUGUGUUUGCUUUGUACCUGGAUUACUUGGAUUAUUAUCAAGAAGUAGUAGCAAAGAUGAACCUAGGAGAUUUGUACUUAUUCUUGUUGAUCUCACAGCUUUAGCUGCUCAAGCAAGUGGCUUUAUUGUUUGGCCAUUACUUGAUAGUUCGAAACGUAGUCUCUGGCUAAUUCCACCAACAUUAAUACUCGUGUCCUGUGGUUGGUGGGAAAAUUAUGUAUCAAUGCAGAGUUCGAUUGGUUUUAUUCGCACCUUGGGCCGAGUCAAAAAAGAAUUACGAUUGACACGAUAUUUUACAUACCUAUUUAUCUCAGUUUGGAAAAUAAUAGCAUUUUUUAUAAGUUCAUUGGUUAUUUUCCACUUAAAAGGUGAAAAUGUCGGGCACUUCUUUUCAAUGUUUGGAUCUGCAUUUAGAGAGCACAAAAUUACUGUCACUGGUGUACGUCAAUCGGUCGUAGGAACUGUACCUGAUCUUUCAGAAAUAUUACCUACAGGAGAUACUGAAACUAUUUCCGCUGACUUAAACUCUAUCGUUUAUGUCUUAUUAAUUCAAAUAGUUGGAUCGUAUUUUACAUAUAUCGUUGGUAAAUUUGGUUGCAAAAUCUUAAUACAACCAUUCAGUUACGCAUUUCCCGUGAGUCUGACUAUUCCUGUUCUUAUUUCACUUCUAAUCACUGCAUGUGGGUUACGCAAUGGUGACCCCUGUUUUUUCCAUGGUACAAUUCCAGAUUACCUUUUUUAUGAAUCACCACCACCUUAUUUUCUAAAUGAUUUUAUAUCUAAACAAUAUGCCUGGGUAUGGCUUCUCUGGUUACUUUCACAAACUUGGAUUACUCUUCACAUAUGGACUCCAAAAUGCGAAAGACUGGCAGCAACAGAAAAACUGUUUGUUGUGCCUAUGUAUGAUUCUUUAUUGAUUGAUCAAUCGCUUGGUUUGAACCGAAAGAGAGAUGAUCAGCCAGAAGUUAAAGUAGAAGAUUUAGCUGAAAUUGAGCGAGAAAAAGGUGACGGUGAUUACGAGACGAUUUAUGAACAAACUGAUGGUUCAACAACUCCUCCGUCUGCAGUGAAAAGCAGUGACCAUGUUACUAGAAUUUAUGCAUGUGCAACUAUGUGGCAUGAAAAUAAAGAGGAGAUGAUAGAAUUUUUGAAAAGUAUUCUUCGCUUAGAUGAAGAUCAGUGCGCUCGCCGUGUUGCCCAAAAAUAUUUAAAAGUGGUUGACCCAGAUUAUUAUGAAUUUGAAACUCAUAUCUUUUUUGAUGAUGCUUUUGAACUUGCAGAUCAUGAUGAAAAUGAAGCUCAAGUAAAUCGCUUUGUCAAACUCUUGGUAGGAACGUUGGAUGAAGCUGCCUCCGAUGUACAUCAGACUCGAAUGCAUGUACGAGCACCUAAAAAAUACCCAACUCCAUAUGGUGGUAGACUUGUUUGGACAUUACCAGGAAAAACGAAAAUGAUAGCACAUCUAAAAGAUAAAAAUAAAAUUCGUCAUAGAAAACGUUGGAGCCAAGUUAUGUACAUGUAUUAUUUACUUGGUCACCGUCUCAUGGAACUGCCUAUCAGCGUUGAUCGUAAAGAAAUGAUUGCAGAAAAUACUUAUCUUUUAACUCUUGAUGGGGAUAUCGAUUUUCAACCAGCUGCUGUUAAACUUUUAGUCGAUUUAAUGAAGAAAAAUAAAAAUCUUGGUGCUGCUUGCGGUCGAAUUCAUCCUGUAGGGUCUGGUCCUAUGGUUUGGUAUCAAAUGUUUGAAUAUGCUAUUGGUCAUUGGUUGCAAAAAGCUACUGAACAUAUGAUAGGUUGCGUUCUCUGUAGUCCUGGAUGUUUUUCACUUUUUCGAGGGAAAGCACUUAUGGAUGACAACGUUAUGAAAAAAUAUACAACAAAAUCUGAAGAUGCAAGACAUUACGUGCAAUAUGAUCAAGGCGAAGAUCGGUGGCUUUGUACUCUUUUACUUCAAAGGGGAUAUCGAGUAGAAUAUUCAGCUGCCAGUGAUGCGUACACUCACGCUCCUGAAGGUUUCCAUGAAUUUUAUAAUCAACGUCGUCGUUGGGUCCCAUCAACUAUCGCAAAUAUUAUGGAUUUACUUAUGGAUGCAAAACGGACAAUCAAAAUUAACGAUAAUAUUUCACUACCAUACAUUUCUUAUCAAAUUUUACUCAUGGGUGGCACUAUUCUUGGGCCUGGAACAAUUUUCCUUAUGUUGGUGGGAGCAUUUGUAGCGGCUUUUAAAAUUGAUAAUUGGACGAGCUUCUAUUACAAUAUAAUACCGAUCCUUCUUUUUAUGAUGAUUUGUUUCACAUGUAAAGCUGAAAUUCAACUUUUAUGUGCGCAAAUAUUAUCUACUGCAUAUGCAAUGAUAAUGAUGGCUGUAAUUGUUGGUACAGCACUCCAACUUGGAGAAGAUGGAAUAGGUUCGCCUUCUGCAAUAUUCUUAAUAUCGUUAACAAGUUCGUUUCUUAUAGCCGCUUGUCUUCAUCCUCAAGAAUUUUGGUGCAUAGUACCUGGUAUUAUUUACUUAUUAUCGAUCCCUUCUAUGUACUUACUUCUGAUUUUAUAUUCUAUCAUCAAUUUGAACGUCGUCUCCUGGGGAACUAGAGAAGUUCAAGUUAAAAAAACAAAGAAGGAGCUAGAACAAGAGAAGAAAGAAGCUGAAGAAGCUAAACGAAAAGUAAAACAAAAUUCAUUACUCGGAUUUCUGCAAAAUGGUGCCGGUUCCAAUGACGAUGAUCAAGGUUCAAUAGAGAUCUCUUUUGCUGGUCUAUUCAAAUGUUUACUUUGCACUCAUGGAAAACCUUCAGAUGAAAAACAACAACUAAUUGCGAUUGCUGACUCUUUAGAUCACUUGGGCAAACGUUUAGAAAUUAUUGAAAGAGCUGUAGACCCUCAAGGUCAUAUAUCGGCUCGAAGACGAGCAUCUUCAACUAGUUCUAGAGUCCCAGACCCUCUUGGACCAAUAGAAGAAGAAUCCCGUAAAGAUCAAAUGGAUUCAGUCAGUGAUACUGAAACAGAGGCUAGUCAACCCCACGAUGUAACUCGAGAUGUCAAUUUUAACUCACAACCUUAUUGGGUUCAUGACGAAGGUUUGAAAAAAGGAGAAAUCGAAGUUUUAUCAAUGCAGGAAGAACAAUUUUGGAAAGAUUUAUUAGAAAAAUAUCUUUAUCCUAUUGAUGAAGAUAAAGCUGAGAAGGCACGGAUCGCCGCGGAUUUAAUUGAACUUCGGAACAAGAGUGUAUUUGCAUUUUUAAUGUUCAAUGCGUUAUUUGUAUUGAUCGUAUUUUUACUACAAUUAAACAAAGAUCAGCUACACGUUGUGUGGCCAUUGGGGAUCAAGACAAACAUCACCUUCGUAGAGGAAACGUCGGAGGUACAUAUCACGAAGGAACAUUUACAACUUGAACCAAUCGGUUUAGUUUUCGUUUUCUUCUUUGCUCUCAUUCUGGUUAUUCAAUUUAGUGCGAUGUUGUUCCAUCGAUUCGGAACACUUGCUCAUAUUUUAGCCAGCACUUCACUGAGUUGGUACUGUUGUAAACAGACUAAAGAUCUUUCAGAGGAAGCGUUGCUGUCUAAACAUGCGGUAGAAAUCGUCAGAGAUCUACAAAGGCUUGAUGGAAUGGAAGGAGAUUACGAUGAAGGAAGUGGAAAUGGCCCUGGUCGAAGAAAAACUAUAAGAAACCUCGAAAAAAGUAGAAGAAAACCACAAGCUAUAAAUACGUUGGAUGUUGCAUUUCGACAACGAUUUUUCAGUAUGGUCGAAGAAAAUGGAUUACCCCGUAAUAUGUCAACUCGUCGAUCAACAAAAGCAUUUAAGGCGUUUGAGGGACGACGUAACAGCAUUAUGGCUCUUAGAAGGAAAUCUCAAAUGCAAACUUUGGGAGCAAAUAAUAUUUAUGGCGGUGUAGGAAACCCGCUAGGAAUACAACCUCGGCCUACUCGUAGUAGCCAAAUUUCAGUAAAAGAUGUUUUUGCUGAUACUGGUCAUGUAAAUAUCGCUUUCGAUGUUGGAAAUAGUCCACGAAAUAGUGUAAAACUUCAACCGAUGGGAGAAAAUGCAUGGCGAGAAAGCAAUUCAAAAAUUUGAAAAAACCGUGUAACAUUUAAUUCAGAUAUUUAUAGAUAAUUUUAAAUAAUAAGACUUGAAAAUAAAUUUACCUUGAUAAUAUUUUUCAUAACUGUGAACUUUGUUCUACUGUAUUUUUAAUUUUUAUAUAAAUCGUGUAACAAAUUGUUUCAUUUUGAUUCACCUUGCUAUUUAUAAUCAAAAACUCACCUGGAAACGAAUAAAGUUUGAAUCGCAGUAUUAAUAUAGUCGAAAUAAUAAUUUA